AUGACAACUUUAUCGGAGCAACCUGAACCAGAUGUAGUCAAAGUUUCUAUUUUAAAUGAGGAAUCAAUCAUUUUAGGAUUUCAUUUAACGAAAUUUAUGUUACGAGACGUGAUAACGAUUAUUCCUUCAUCAACUUAUGUGAUCUGUACUGAUAAUAAUAUUGCACCAAUUUAUCUUUCAAAAAUUGUUGAUAGCUUUAAUUUAAUCUGUUCAGAAAUAACACUAUCUAAAGGUGAAAAUGCUUCAAAACCAAGAUUGAUUACUUACAUUAUACCACCAGGUGAACAAUCAAAAUCACGAGAUACAAAAGCUGAUAUCGAAGAUUUUCUUCUUAGUAAAGCAUGUACAAGGGAUACUUGUAUUUUAGCGAUGGGUGGUGGCGUGAUAGGUGAUUUGGUUGGAUUCGUUGCAUCUACUUUCAUGAGGGGUGUCCCCUUUGUACAAAUUCCAACAACUUUACUUGCCAUGGUGGAUUCAUCAAUUGGUGGGAAAACAGCUGUUGAUACUCCAAAUGGUAAAAAUUUGAUUGGAUGUUUUUGGCAACCGAAAAGGAUUUACAUUGAUUUAAUCUUUUUGGAGACUUUACCUGAAAGAGAAUUUAUUAAUGGAAUGGCCGAGGUUAUCAAAACCGCGGCAAUUAGUAAUGAAUUGGAUUUUAUUAAUUUGGAAAAUGGCGUAGAAAGUAUCCGUGAAGCAGUAUUAAACCCUAAAAGAGACAUUCCAUUUCAAGGUGCAACGAUUGCAACUCGAACUCCAUCACAAUCUUUACUGUUAUCCGUAAUUAUGGCAUCGGCUAAAUUUAAAGCUCACGUGGUAACACACGAUGAACGAGAAGGUGGACUUCGUGGCUUACUUAAUUUUGGUCAUUCGAUUGGUCAUGCUAUCGAAGCUAUUUUAUCUCCGGAACUACUUCAUGGAGAAUGCGUUUCAAUUGGAAUGAUCAAGGAAGCAGAAAUCGCUAGGCAUCUUGGUUAUCUUAAUCAAGUUGCUGUUGGUAGAUUAUAUAGAGUUUUAAAUAGUUAUGGCUUACCGGUUUCAUUGGAUGAAAAGAAAGUUCUGGACUUGGUUGGCAAAAAAUUUUGUACAGUUGAUAGGUUAAUGGAAAUUAUGAAAGUUGACAAGAAGAAUCGAGGAGAUCAAAAAAAAAUUGUCAUGCUUUCAUCCAUUGGAAAUACUUAUGAGAAAAAGGCGACCGAUAUUUCGGAUUCUAUAAUUCGUAAAAUAUUGUCGCCUGAAAUAAUGGUCUUACCCAUUAAAUCCUCUCCAAAUAUUUCAUCAACUCACGUUACGAUGAAAACCCCAGGUUCAAAAUCUAUUUCAAAUAGAGCUUUAGUCCUUGCAGCAUUAGGUGACGGUACUUGUAGGCUUAAAGGUCUGCUCCAUUCGGAUGAUACCCAAGUUAUGUUGGUUGCUUUACAAAAUUUAGGGGGAGCGAGGUUUGAAUGGGAGGAUAAUGGCGAAACUUUAGUUGUAACUGGUGGUGGUGGUAAUCUUCAAAUUCCCGAUAAUGAGCUUUACCUUGGGAAUGCGGGUACAGCUUCAAGAUUUCUUACCACAGUUUGUACUUUGGUAUCAGCCGACACAGCUACCAAAACUAAAAAGCAUACCAUCUUAACCGGGAAUGCGCGUAUGAAACAACGUCCGAUCGGUCCUUUAGUUAACGCACUUCGUGCUAAUGGAUCUCAGAUUCGUUACGUCGAAAAGGAAGGAUCUCUUCCUAUUGAAAUAACUCCCUCUCAAACCAAACUCAAGGGUGGUAAAAUCGAUCUUGCUGCAUCUAUUUCAUCUCAAUACGUUUCGUCUAUUUUGUUGAGCGCGCCUUACGCUUCGGAAUCGGUUACGUUGAGAUUAACCGGAGGUCAAGUCAUCUCUCAACCGUAUAUCGAUAUGACUAUAGCAAUGAUGGAGUCAUUUGGUAUUAAAGUUGAACGACUUGAAGGUGAUGUUUAUCGUAUCCCUCAAGGGAAAUACACCAAUCCUAGCGAGUAUGUAAUCGAAUCGGACGCUAGUUCCGCUACUUAUCCUUUAGCUGUAGCCGCAAUUACCGGAAUCACAUGCACUCUUCCAAACAUUGGAUCUUCAUCUAUUCAAGGCGAUGCCGCAUUCGCUGUCAAAGUGUUAAAACCGAUGGGUUGCACCGUCACUCAAACCGAGACAAGUACUACGGUUCGAGGGCCCCUUAUCGGAUCAUUGCGUCCAUUACCUCAUAUUGAUAUGGAAACCAUGACCGACGCAUUUUUAACUGCAUCCGUCUUGGCUGCCGUCGCUAACAAUGAUAAGGGAGAAGAAUGUGUAACUCGCAUUAUUGGAAUUGCCAAUCAACGCGUAAAGGAGUGUAACCGAAUUGCGGCAAUGGUUCAUGAGUUGAGCAAGUUUGGAGUAGUCGCAUCUGAACUUCCUGAUGGUAUUCAAAUACAUGGAUCUAAAAUCCAAUCUCUCAAAAGUCCUAUAGAUGGUGUAAAAUGUUAUGAUGAUCAUCGUGUCGCUAUGAGUUUUAGCGUACUUGGAUGUGUUAUUCCAGAUGGAACGAUCAUUCGAGAAAAGAAAUGUGUGGAGAAAACGUGGCCCGGUUGGUGGGAUGAUUUAGAAACAAAACUAGGUAUUAAUCUUCUUGGAAUCGAUUUUGAAUCAUCGCAUCAUGAUUCAUCGGAACAAGCUGAUUCAUUGGCUAACAAACAUUUACAGGAUGAGAAAAAUGUCAGCAUCAUUUUUAUUGGAAUGCGUGGAGCUGGUAAGUCUACGCUCGGAAAAGCCGCCGCCAAAGCGUUAAAUCGAGAAUUCUUGGAUAUGGAUCAUCACUUUGAAUCUACGUUAUCAACUACGAUAACCGAAUUUAUUGCAAAAGAAGGAUGGGAAACUUUUCGUGCUAAAGAGACUGAAAUUUUCAAAUCAUUAUUAAAUACGCAUUCUUCAGGAUAUAUUAUAGCAUGCGGUGGAGGUAUAGUUGAAACCCCCUCGUCCCGUGACCUUUUGAAACAACAUUCAAAAAAUCACGGAAAAGUCGUUCAUAUUGUGAGAGAUAUAAAUGAUAUAAUCAGAUAUUUAAACGAAGAUGUUACGCGUCCAUCGUUUAAUGAAGAAUUAAUUGAUGUCUGGGAUAGACGCAAAUGCUGGUAUAAGGAAUAUUCUGAUUUUGAAUACGUUAGCAUCAAUACCAGCAACAUCAAUGGAAUAACUAAUGAGAAAGAUAUGACUAGAUUUUUAAAAUUUAUUGUUGGUCAAGAUACAAAUCUAAUUGAACCUUUUGAUUUUUUUGGAAGGACAAGGCGUACUUUUUUUGUUUCCUUAACAUUUCCGGAUGUGAAUCCCGCGCUACCAAAUAUCCCUACCAUUACUCACGGAGUGGACGCCAUUGAGUUAAGGGUAGAUUUACUUUCACAAAAUGGUAGCUUACCAUCUGUCGAAUAUAUAUCCCAACAAUUAGCAAUUUUGAGACGUUCUUCACCACUUCCAAUUAUUUUUACUGUAAGAUCACAAGGUCAAGGUGGAAAAUAUCCUGAUACACAAGAGAAAGAGAUGUUUUUGCUCCUUGAACAUGCCAUCAAGUGGGGAUGUGAGUAUGUAGAUGUAGAAAUCGGUUGGUCUCCUUCAUUAAUAUCAAAAUUGAUCAAGAAGAAGGGGAAUACUAAAAUCAUUGCUUCUUGGCAUGAUAUAUCUGGCACAAUGCAAUGGGAUGGCGAAGAGGUUAGACGACGACAUAGAGUCGCUCAAGAAUACGGGGACAUCAUUAAGAUAAUUGGGCGUGCGAAUUGCCUCUCUGAUAAUUUCAAAUUACAAAACUUUGUCGAGUCGCGACAUUCUGAUAAACUUAUCAUUGCAAUUAACAUGGGAGCUGAUGGACAACUUUCGCGUAUAUUGAAUCAACAUCUCACACCAGUUACACAUCCAUUAUUACCAUCAAAAGCUGCCCCUGGUCAACUUUCCGUUGCUGAAAUUCACAAAUCCCUUCAUUUAAUUGGUCAAUUACCAAAGAAAAAAUUUUAUCUUUUUGGUACGCCUAUAGCUCAUUCAAUGUCACCUACCAUUCAUAACACUGGGUUUGAAGUUUUAGGCUUACCACAUUAUUAUGAUAUUUUUGAAUCCGAAGAUGUGGCAGCUGUUAAGCCUAUUAUCGAAGAUGCCGAAUUUGGAGGUGGCUCUGUGACAAUACCCCAUAAAAUAAGUAUUAUCCCUUUCUUGGAUCAGAUCACCGAACAUUCUAAAUUAAUAGGAGCAGUGAACACAAUCCUUGUCGAUGAAAACAAAAAUGGACGUAAAUUAAUUGGAGAUAACACGGAUUGGUUAGGAAUUUUUCAUUCAAUUAAGGAUUCGAUUGAAAUUAAUUCCAAGACGACGGGUUUAAUUAUUGGUGCUGGUGGAACUUCUCGUGCGGCGUUAUAUGCUUUACAUCAAUUAGGGGUCUCUACAAUCUAUGUAUAUAAUCGUACACAAUCUAAGAUUACAGAAUUAAUCGAUAAUUUUCCUACAUUUGGAAUUGUUCCUAUAUCAUCACUUUCCGAACCGAUUCCAAUUCCACCACAAAUUAUUAUUUCUACCAUUCCCGCAACAUCUAAUUUAGAAUUCCCUAAUGAAAUUUUUAGUUUUGGUAAAGGAGGAAUAAUAGUUGAAAUGGCUUAUAAGCCAAGAAGAACCAAAUUAUUAAUUAAAGGUGAUGAAAAAGAAUGGAUAGGUAUUGAAGGGAUACAAGUUUUAAUUGAGCAAGGUGUAUGGCAGUUUAAAAAUUGGAUUGGAAAAAAAGCUCCCAAAAAUAUUAUUAGUCAAAAU